AUGAAACGAAGAAAUGGUUAUCUUGAAACAGUGACUGAGACUAAAAAGGAUCAGCAUAAUUCCCCUUCACUUGAUUUAAAAACGUCGACGAAAAAAGCUCACAAAAAGUUUGAAAUCUCAUCAAAAAAUUCCUCAAAGAACCAUGAUUCUGUCCAGCAUGAUAAAGAUCAGCACGGUGGUAAGGAUCAAGCCAGAAUCUCCUUAAUGAUAACUAAUCUACCGAAAACUAUAAACUAUGCAAUGCUUAGGGAUUCUAUUCCAUCAGCCAGACGAAUUAAAUUGUAUAAAAAAAUACACAGAUGCUGUCAACCGUUGGAAGAACUCAACUUUGAUGGUAUAAAACCAUCUUUUAAGCAAGUUGUUCGCUAUAAAAAGUCAGAAAAUACAUCUAAAAGUGAUGAUUUGAGGCUGACAAUUCAGAAUUUACCAUAUUCCAUUACUACAGCUGAGUUAGAAGAUGAGUUUCCUACAGCAAAAUCAAUUAUAAUAAAUACCAAAAAGGACGGUACCAAUAAAGGAUCGUGCUUAAUAGAAUUUGAAUGCAAGGAUGAUCUUCAGGUUGUUUUGGAUGCAUGUCAGAAUAAGGAGAUCGGUGGCCGCCGUGUGCGUGCACUAAUCGGUCUUCAUUUUACUUUAAAGUCUAAUCCUAUCGAAAAUAAAGAAAGCCUAACUACUGUCAACCUAAAACUAUGCCGAGUUCCUACGACAAUAGGUGAUGAUGAAAUUCGUAAACAAUUUCUGCCUGGUUCAAUGGUUGAGUAUUGUUCGGUACCUUGUGCUGAUCCAUCAUUAAGAAAUGUGUUUAUUAGUUUCAAGAAUACUAAACCGAACCAGUUAAGUAUGACGAAAAUAAGGAAAAAGGGAAUUAGUGGAAAUCAUUUUAAGAUAAAAUUUUGGCAUAAAAAGGGUGUAAAAACUGAAAAAAGUGAACUCAAACCAGCUACCGAUAAAAAGCGGAAAUCGAGGAAGUUGAAACACGAGAGUAUGGAUAUUUCUGGUGAUACUACAGAACCAAUUGUUUCGGAACCACACGAUGCAUGA